AUGGAUCGGCUUUCAUCAGCAGCUACGUUUGAAAACAUGCAUUACGAUGGCAGUGCAAGCCAAAUGGGUCUGAUUUGGCAGCAAACCAGGACACCCCUUGUGGUUCCAGCGCUGAAAUUGCUUGUGGCUUUGUGCCUAGCCAUGUCAAUUAUGCUGUUUGUGGAGAGAGUUUAUAUGGGUAUAGUCAUAAUCUUUGUGAAGUUGUUUAGGUACAAACCAGAUAAGAAGUAUAAAUGGGAGCCUCUCAGAGAUGACCUUGAGAUUGGAAACUCUGCAUACCCAAUGGUCUUGGUACAAAUUCCUAUGUACAAUGAGAAAGAGGUGUAUCAGUUAUCGAUUGGAGCUGCAUGUGGGAUAUCAUGGCCUUCUGAUAGGAUUAUAAUUCAAGUUCUUGAUGAUUCCACUGACCCAAUCAUUAAGAAAAUGGUGGAACUGGAAUGCCAGAGAUGGGCCAGCAAAGGCAUAAACAUAAAGUAUGAGAUCAGACAGAACAGAAAUGGAUACAAAGCUGGAGCUCUUAAAGAAGGCAUGAAGCAUAGCUAUGUGAACUUGUGUGAUUAUGUGGCCAUCUUUGAUGCUGAUUUCCAACCUGAGCCUAACUUCCUUCGGCGCACAAUACCAUUUCUGGCUCACAACCCAGAAGUUGCACUUGUCCAAGCUCGAUGGAAAUUUGUUAAUGCUGAUGAAUGCUUAAUGACAAGAAUGCAAGAGAUGUCAUUGGACUAUCAUUUCCUUGUGGAGCAGGAAGUUGGUUCCUCAACCUAUGCCUUCUUCGGUUUCAAUGGCACUGCUGGUGUGUGGAGAAUUUCAGCAUUAAAUGAAGCUGGUGGAUGGAAGGCCCGCACAACAGUGGAGGAUAUGGAUCUGGCUGUGCGAGCUGGCCUCAAAGGAGGGAAAUUUGUGUAUCUUAGCGAUCUCAAGGUGAAAAGUGAACUGCCAAGUACCUUCAAAGCCUUUCGUUAUCAGCAGCACCGGUGGUCAUGUGGCCCGGCUAAUCUUUUCAAGAAAAUGGCAAUGGAAAUCAUGAGAAACAAGAAAGUCUCCACCUGGAAGAAGUUUUAUGUGAUUUAUAGUUUCUUCUUUGUCCGGAAAAUCGUAGCUCAUGUGGUCACAUUUGUAUUCUACUGUGUGGUUAUGCCAGCAACUGUUCUAGUUCCAGAAGUGGAAGUUCCUAAGUGGGGUGCUGUGUAUAUACCUUCUAUCAUCACACUUCUCAAUGCAGUAGGAACUCCAAGGUCAAUCCACUUACUCGUAUUCUGGAUACUCUUUGAAAAUGUUAUGUCAAUGCACAGGACCAAGGCAACACUCACAGGUUUGCUAGAGGCAGGGAGAGUAAAUGAAUGGGUAGUUACUGAGAAAUUGGGAGAUGCCCUUAAGACAAAAUCAGGUGGCAAAGCAGCAAGAAAGCCUCGUAUCAAGAUUAGUGAAAGGCUUCAUUUCUUGGAACUUCUAGUGGGGGCAUACCUCUUUUUCUGUGGAUGCUAUGAUCUUACCUAUGGGAGGAACCACUACUUCAUAUAUCUUUUCCUGCAAUCGAUUGCCUUCUUUGUUGUAGGGAUUGGCUAUGUCGGCACCUUUGUUCCUAAUUCAUAA